AUGAUUUAUUCAGUUUUUUUUUUAUUUCUCUUUGCAGAUCCCAAAAGCAAAGAAGAGUCAAAUCAAGAAUUAUCUCCAUUGGGAUUGACUUCCACAGAAAAAUCAACUACUCUCCUCACUUUUGAAAACAGCAAUGCAUCUGCAAGAAUCUGUCCACCAGCUCCAGAGAGUACCGUUCAACCUCGCCGAUCUCGUCAAAGGGUGAGGCCUGAUGAUAUCCCAGCACCCAUCUUAGAUGUAAUCAAGGCAUCUUUGGAUUACGAACAGAAUGGGACGCAGUCCAAAGCUGAACCUUGUCGAACAGCUCCAAUAACGCAGUCUAAAUCACCUGCAUGUGUUUCGGCCAGUAACAAAGCAUUACUGGAUGAACCCCUGACUCCAGUUCAGUCUAGUUCAGGAGAUGAACCCUUACAAGCAUACAGCCCUGUUGUAAGUAGGCGGUUCUCGGAUGUAAAUAAGUCAACAAUCACCACGGUGAACCAUUUGAGAAUGAGUAAGGAUAUUGGUGCUUCCAUAGCUGAACCAGUGCAUCCUCAGCCUCUCACAUCGAAAACUGAUCGUUCUGAUUCAGUGUCUUUUACCCCGAGCUUAACUCUUGGAUCCAAUAUCCAAAAAGCAAGUUUAACAGAGAACAACAACAGCUCCAAAAUAGCAUUCUGUGCAACUGACUUGACUUCUGGAGACAAUGUUACAAAGAAUUUGAAUGCAAUCAAAGAACUUAGAACAUCAUCACUUCCAGAAAUAGGAUUCAUCAAAGAUGUCAAGAAAGAAGAACAGACAUUUUCUGAAACCCCUGUAGUGGCUGAUGAUACCCAGCAUAAGGAAAGCAUGCCAACCAAAUCUGAGAAAUUAGAUAAAAAAAGCAGCAGGAUCACAUCUAAAUCUGACCAGUCAGUUGAAGACAAAGAUAUUUCUAAAGUUUCCAUCAAGGAUUUUACAGAUGUUGAGUUGUUCAUUCGGGAAGAUAAUGAACUCGUGAAGCAGCAGCAAGAAGAACCUGUGAAAGUUCCGGAAUCAAACUUUCGGUCCACCUCAAAUCUUUCGCUCAUAUCAAAAGCGACCGAGCCAGUAUCUAGCCAAAUGAGGAAGCCAACAUCUAUCACUGAUGAUCAACCACAGGAGAGAACCUUAUCUUCUGAAAUUGAGAAACCUGAAAUAUUGUCAGCCCAAGUAACAAGCACUAUAAGUCAUACCCCUGUUAUGAGUACAGCAGUCUAUACUACUAAAUCUAAAACAUCUACUUCAACCACUGCUGCUAAAACCAUUACCAGUGUCACUGAAACCAAAAAGGAAUCUGUAAAAUCUUCAGCACCAGUUACAAGUACUGAUGCUAGAACGGUAACCCCUGCUGUGACGACAAACACAAGUAUAGCUCCAGAAAUCAAGAGGCCAUCUGUAACAUCAACCCAAAUUAAAACUUCAGUCAGAAAUGACACCGUAACACUUACUGAAGCCUCAGUUACACUACCAACUUCACAACCUGUUACAUCUGUCACAAGCUUGACUCCAAAAACAAAGCCUGCUAUCACUGUGAUAUCAGAUCCUCUUAUAACAAGUGUGACCGAUAGUACUCCUGUUGCAACCACCACCACCACCACUCCAAGUGUUACAUCUGCACCUCAAACCUCUGUUACAAGUGUUAUCAGUUCCCAAAAUGUGGUCACUGAUGUCAAAAAACCUGCAGCAGUUAGUUUGGCAUCAGUUUCUCAUGUAACAAGUGUCACCAGUAGUGCUCCUGUUACAACAGCUGCUCCUCCUCCCAGUGUUAUGUCUGUACCUCAAACUUCUGUUAUAAAUGCUACGAGUUUCCAAAACCUGAGCACUGACAUCAAGAACCCUGCAGUUAACUUACCAUCAGCUUCUCAUGUGACAAGUAGUAAACCUGUUACCACAACCACUGGUGUUACACCAGCUACUGAAACAUUAACAUCUACCACCAGUACAAACUUAAUAAAAGCUUCUUCUGUAACGCCUGCAACAUGUGUUACCACAAGAAGCACUCCAGUCACAACUGUGUCUGAAAGUUCAACAAUAAUUACUAAAACAAAUGCAGGUGUAACUCCAGAAGUGAAGAAACCUGUCAUUGUAACAUCUUCACCUAGUCUCACAAAACCUGAACCAGUUACAAGUACCAUCAAUAUUGUGACUACAAGUACUGCAUUUAGUAGUCCCACAACUCAAACUACUUCUGUCACAAGCACUAACUCAGCAAUGGCUCCCAGAGCCUUCAGCCUAAGUCCAACAUUACCUGAAAGCCACGACCUUACGAGGUCCCUAGAACUAACGCAGAAAGACAUUGAAAAUGGUAACCUGAUGACACGCAGUGCACAAUUUACCCAGCCUCGAAUGAAUCUCUUCCUCUUCUUUUAUCCUGAUUCUCACGUGUCCCGUUUCUCUCUCUCUCUCUCUCUCUCUCACUAUAUCUCACUAUAUCUCUCCUUCUAUCUCUCUCUCUCUUAUAACACUAUCUCUCUCUCUCUCAUAUCACUCUCUCUCUCUCUCUCUCAUAUCACUCUCUCUCUCUCUCUCUCAUAUCCUCUCUCUCUCUCUCUCAUAUCACUCUCUCUCUCUCUCAUAUCACUCUCUCUCUCUUUCUCUCUCUCUCUCUUUCUCUCUCUCACUCUUUCUCUCUCUCACUCUUUCUCUCACUCUCUCUCUUUCACUCUCUCUCUUUCACUCUCUCUCUUUCCUCUCUCUCUCUUUCCCUCCCUCCCCUCUUCUCCUUCACUCUCUCCCCUCACUCUCCUUCCUCUCUCUCCCUCCUCUCUCUCCUCCACACUCUCUCCCUCCUCUCUCUCUCUCUCCUUCCCUCUCUCCCUCCUCUCUCUCCCCUCCUCUCUCUCUCCCUCUCCCUCCCUCUCUCUCCCUCCCUCUCCUCCUCUCUCUCCUUCACACUCUCUCCCUCACUCUCUCUCCCUCACUCUCUCUCCCUCACUCUCUCUCCCUCACUCUUUCACACUCUUUCACUCUCUCUCCCUCACUCUUUCACUCUCUCUCCCUCUCUCUUUCACUCUCUCUCACUCUUUCAUUCUUUCUCUUUAUUUCUCUUUCACUCUUUCUCUUUAUUUCUCUUUCACUCUUUCUCUUUAUUUCUCUUUCACUCUUUCUCUUUAUUUCUCUUUCACUCUUUCUCUUUAUUUCUCUUUCACUCUUUCUCUUUAUUUCUCUUUCACUCUUUCUCUUUAUUUCUCUUUCACUCUUUCUCUUUCACUCUUUCUCUUUCACUCUUUCUCUUUCACUCUUUCUCUUUCACUCUUUCUCUUUCACUCUUUCUCUUUCACUCUUUCUCUUUCAUCCUUCUUUCUCUUUCACUCUUUCUCUUUCAUCCUUCUUUCUCUUUCACUCUUUCUCUUUCACUCUUUCUCUUUCAUCCUUCUCUUUAUUUCACUCUUUCUCUUUCACUCUUUCUCUUUCAUCCUUCUCUUUAUUUCACUCUUUCUCUUUCACUCUUUCUCUUUCAUCCUUCUCUUUAUUUCACUCUUUCUCUUUCACUCUUUCUCUUUCAUCCUUCUCUUUAUUUCACUCUUUCUCUCUCUCUCUCUCUCUCUCUCUGCCUCUUUUACUCACUGUCUUUGUCCUUCUCUUCUCUAUCACUUUUCUCCCUCUCCCCUCCCUGGAACCCUUCUAAGAUGA